AUGCGCCCUGCUCUCGUAGUGAAUGGCAUGACAUAUCGCCAACUGAGAUUGAUUAAGAUGGUCACGGAGAAGCAUUUCAGUGAUCUCACUUAUGUUCAUGUGGCUGGUGAAAUUUCUGGUUCACAACCACUGGUAGUCUACACUGAUUCUACAACAGACAGGGAUGUACUAAUGAAGGAGGUUCGAAGUUGUCGAAGAAUCGAAGCGGAAAAGAAGAUCAAAUCUGCUAUUGGGUUCCGGCAUAAUUCGGGAUCCAAGCAUGAAGCGGGAUAUGACGCUUUCAUGACUGGGGGCGUCUUUUCACAGGCGUGCUCCAAUUUAGGAGUCGAUUUUAAUUCCCACGAUUUUCCCCAAAACGAGAAGCUCCGAAAAUACGUUAAUCAUUUAUACCUCAGCUGGGUGAAUGGGGACCUAAUUGAUCUAACAACAGGGAAAGUCGCAACCAAAACUCUAGUUGCCUCAAAAGCGAAGUGCAACAACUUUGUCUUUUCGAAUAUGAUUCUUCUGUGGGGCUUAUUGCCUACCCUGAGAGAAAAUGAUAUCAGAGUUAUUUUUAACAAGGUUUUCGGGUCGGGCUCUAUCAAGACAAUCUACCAUUUGGACGAGACUGCGGCUUUUGUCGAGUUCAGUAAAGCAGAAUUUGUGUCCGAAUUUCUCAAAUUGAAAGAUAAAUUGGAAAUGGGUAAAGACCCGAUUUCUAUCUUGCACCCCUUGUCGAGAAUUUCGGAAGGUAGGCGUGUGCGUGCUGUUAAUUACGAGACGUAUAAGGAGAUUUGUGGGUCACCCUUGUCUGAAAUGGCCUUUUCGGAUCAGGCUGAAGCUGUUCGGUUUAUUAACAGGAGAGAGGAAUUAGUAGAUGCAGCUAUUGAGGUCAGGAUGUAG